CUUUGGGAUGAGCCAAUGGCGCUUUCCGAGGGGCCGAUUCAUGCUAAACGGGAAGCGCCUUGCGGCCAACUGCAGCUGAUAGCCUGGGAUUUGCGUUUAGCGCCGCAGAACCACCGUGCAUCAGCAGCGUCAGGUGGUUACUCACAAGCAGCCUAGGAUUUCAGCUCAUCGUAGCUUGCAAAACGUCUUAGCUUUUAAUAAUCACGUUAAAAAAGAAGUUCAGUUCGCCGAGAAAGAAAAAUGCAGCGAUGACACCUCCACCCUCUUAUUUUAGGGAUAAAUAGCCAUUUGCUUUUGAUGAUUAAAUCUGUUAUGCGCUCUGCAGAUUAAAUAUCCCGGGGACGAGCACAACUUUGUACUGGAAGUAUCCCAAGGACAGGAGGAAAACAGGAAGAUGGGCAGGAAAAAAAUUCAGAUCUCUCGGAUCCUGGACCAGCGGAAUCGGCAGGUUACCUUCACCAAGCGAAAGUUCGGCCUGAUGAAGAAGGCCUAUGAGUUGAGCGUGCUGUGCGACUGCGAGAUCGCCCUCAUCAUCUUCAACAGCACCAACCGCCUCUUCCAGUACGCCAGCACUGACAUGGACAAGGUCCUACUGAAGUACACCGAGUACAGCGAGCCACACGAGAGCCGCACCAACGCCGACAUCCUGGAGACUCUGCGCAGGAAGGGCCUGGGGCUGGAAGGAGUGGAGGUCUACAGCGAGGAGGGUGUCCCAGUGCCGGCCGGGAAGUACCAGCAGCUUGAGGAGAGUGUGGACCUGUCUGUUGCACGCCAGCGUUACUAUCCGCCACCUGCUCCUCCCCCAGAAGGCCCGUAUUUGCUUUCGGAGAACGGAUUCUCGGCGGGAAACGGCCCGGGCCCCGCGCCGCACCGAUCCCCUGCCUUUAAGCCUGGUUCCUUCAAACCAGGCACGCCAAGCCCGACGGGAUCACAUGCCCACUCAUCUCUUGGGCCGCCGCACACAGGAAUUGGCUACUCCGUGUUCUCACACGGUGGCCUGGGCAGAACUUUGGACAUGAAGACUUCACCUCCGCUGAACCUGGGCUGCGACGGACGGCGCGUCGAGUCGCACGCCGGUCUGCCUUGCAGCCGCGCCAACCUGAAUGGCGGGAGAGUGCUGUACCAAGGCGGCCAUGCUGGAAACCACAUGAUACCCAUGGGGAAAGCAGAGUAUCCCUACGGGGGUUUCACCCACCCUGCCAGUUUACACCGAUAUGCUAUGAGCCCCUGGCAGCCAUCGCCCCCCCAGGACACUGCCCACGGGAUGUCCAGUGGGGGGUGCUCCCUCCCAGUGCCCAGCUCCGCGCCACCCCCGCAUCUGCGCUCCUCCCUCAACCUCAGCAUCAAAUCCGAGCGCGCCUCCCCCGAGCACUCAGGCUCCCCGGCCACUCCACCCCUCCAUCGCGUCGAGCACCAGUCGCCUAUCAGCAACCAUGAGGAGGCCGGCCACGCCCACCCCGAGGCAUACCCAAUCAUGGAGAGGGAGGAUGUGCCGAAAGGAGGCUAUUUGUGUCAACACGGCUCAGCCCGGCCCACGGCGGAGGACAAGGGCGGGAUGCCGAUUCGGCAGCUAGAGAUAGUGGAUGGGUGGCAGAGAUAGCCAGGCAGCCUGUUGGGGGGGGGGGGGGGGGCUGGCUUCUUCAUUUGCGUAUCCCAAAGGAUAAGCCCCAGUGUUCUACUCGUCCAUGUGGGAUCACACAGUUCCUUUUGUGUUCCGGAAUGGGACAGAAUUCGAGUCGGCUUGUCGGUUUUAGAUACAGCUUCUGGAUAGAGGAAUCGAAAUCCCUCUUACGGCCGUGUGGAGCCUGAGCAGGUGAGCUGAGCUCAGGACGUCCCCUUCACCUUCUCAGGGUACCAAAGGCUUUGCGUUUCAGAAAAGCACAGCGCCACCUGAAAGCCCCCCUGCUUCUUAAUCGUAGUUUUUAUUCUGCGCGGUAGUCGUGUGUCAGCGAGAAUUGGUAUAAUCCCCCCCCCCCCCCCCCAACGCCAGUCGGAGAUGUCACUGUGUGUGGCGUCUUUUUACAUUUCACAAAAUGGCCCCCUUGGAAAUCCAAAAUUCAAAGUGUAGCAGUUCAGGUAAACUAAACUUAACUGAAAUGACUGCUGGGGUACAGUAAACCAUGCCAUGAAUAGUAAAUUAUAAAAUCAUUUUUUUUAGUCUUAGAUCUUUUUUUUCAUUGAAAUGACUUUUUACAUAAUGAUGGUUCCACGUUAAUGUUAUGAUUCGAUUGUUUUUCUUUGUUAGUUUUUCCUACCUUCACGACUUCACGUGUCCCAAUAAGGGUUUUCUGAAAAAUGCACUAGAAGAUACCAGGCUUUCACCAUCACACUUCCUGCCAGCCUCAUAUCUCAUUUUUAAAUGAACAAAGCGAUUUUAAAUGCAUCUGAUCUACCAAUUUGUAAUACGGCGUUUGAUUACCAUGACUCGUGCUCUGCUUCCAAAUAAAAUGCCUGCAUAUUUCUUUUUCUGUUUUCUAUGGAAAGAAAGAAAUAUCUGUAGCUGAAACUUGCUUGUGUUUGCUUUCUUACAAGAGCUGGUGUUUAUCGUUUUUGUCAAUGGUUUAGCAUCGGGGGAAACUGCAAUGAUGCGUUCAAUGAGGGAUCCCUCGUUCACAACUUAGUUGCCCUCCCUUUUGUCAUCUGCUGAUGUAAUGAUCGACUCAAUGUGGCUAAUAUAAUUUAAAUAACAUUAAGUAUAAAAUAUAAUAACAUAGGGGUGGCAUAGUGGUGCAGUGGCUAGUGCUGUUGCCUCACACCUCUGGGACGCGGGUUCGAGUCUCCGCCUGGGUCACAUGUGUGCGGAGUUUGCAUGUUCUCCCUGUGUCGUCGUGGGGUUUCCUCCGGGUACUCCGGGUUCCCCCCACAGUCCAAAAACAUGCUGAGGCUAAUUGGACUUGGUAAAUUGCCCGUAGGUGUGCGUGUGUGAGUGUGCCUUGUGAUGGGCUGGUCCCCCAUCCUGGGUUGUUCCCUGUACCCUGCCUUGUGCCCAUUGCUUCCGGGAUGGGCUCUGGACCCCCCGCGACCUAGUAGGAUAAGCGGUUUGGAAAAUGGAUGGAUGGAUAUAAUAACAUACAAAAUGUGCAUUAGAAAUAUAUACCAUAUUUAAUUACAAAUGUGAAAUACAUUUCGAUAACAUGAAAUUAAAUGCAAUAUAUCAGUUUAA